AAUGUGCGUAUGUACGAGUUUCCAGCAAACCACAUUGAGACAUUCCACGGCGAUGCUGCACCAUCCGGCACCCACACUCGGCCCCGCCAAUGCGACCUUACCGAGACGGCCUAUAGAGGAGAAAUCUUGGAAGUCGCCCGCUGCUAUUUCUGCGCAACCUUGUCAUGACGUCCGCUCUUACUGUUCUCCGCCGCACCACCACAUGUGAAGUCUCUGAAGUUUUAUAGACCGUACCGUCGCCGUUCGGGAUCACAGGUAAGGGCCUGACUUCCUUGUUUCCUACCGCACAUCGAGUCCAGCUUCCUCGGACUACCAUGCAGAUCAGUGACCUCGCCGCCUUGGUCGCGGCUGCUGCUACUUCAGCUGGCUCGUCGAGUGCAUAUACUGGCCUCAACUUCACCGGUAUCAUCACGUCAGUAAAGGCAUUACUCCCAGGCGGCACCGUGCCAUAUCUAGAGUUACUCCUGCCAGAGGUCGAGGCAUUGCUUCCUAAUGGCACCUUUGCGGCAAUCGAGUCGCUUGUACCAGAAAUUGAGGCAAUGAUACCCAAGAUCGAGGCACUACUACCCGACGUCGAGGCAGCGCUUCCCAAAAUCGAGGCAUUACUCCCCAGCGGCGUCAUCCCCACUGGACCGUUUGGCCCCGUCACGAAGCAGAUUCUGCAAAGCUAUCUGGAGCCGAUACAGACGCAGAUACUCCGCAACAGCUAUGUCGUGCGCAAAGGCACCGAGCUGCAGUUGGGUGGCAAACGCUGGACAGCUUCCGGUGCGAACGUCUACUGGUUUGGCUUGGACGAGAACGUGAUCCCACCAGCUGGUCAACCAUUCUACGCUCCGUACAACGCCUCCUAUCCGACGAAAGGUCGCAUAACCGAAGUGAUGAACACCCUAGUCACCAUGGGUGCUCACACCAUCCGCUCCCAAACCCUCGGUGUCAGCGUCGGCAAUCCGCUUUCUCUCGAACCCGAGCAUAACGUCUUCAAUGACGCCGCCUUCGACACGAUUGAUUGGGCUGUCUACCAAGCUCGCGAGCACGGCCUACGCAUCAUAGCGCCGUUGAUCGACAACUACGACUACUACCACGGUGGGAAAUUCGUCUUCCUUCGCUGGAACGGCAUCAACAUCAGCAGUUCAUCGUCUACGCCCCAAAGUCCGCUUGUACAGCAAUUUUACACCAACGCAACCAUUGUUAACGAUUUCAAAAACUACAUCAACCAUCUCCUGACCCACGUCAACCCGUACACCGGCAUCUCCUACGCCAACGACCCGACCAUCUUCGCUUAUGAAACGGGCAACGAGCUCGGCGGGCCCGUCUUCGGCGACAUGGAUGUACCUGUAGCAUGGACAGACGAGAUAUGCAGUUACAUAAAGUCGCUAGGUCCCGACAAGCUAUGCUUGGAUGGAACCUACGGCGUCAACAGAACUCACCUCAACAUCAGCAGUGUGGACAUGUACUCCGACCACUUCUACCCACUCAAUCUGACUCGACUGCAAGCGGAUAUUGACCUUGUUGGUUCAGCGGACAAAGUCUAUCUAGCGGGCGAGUACGACUGGACCGGCAACGUCCCGACACCGACCCUCUCGUCGUUCUUCAACGUUAUUGAAGGCCGGCAGAACAUAACCAAUCCGGUAAUUGCGGGAGACAUGUUCUGGAGUCUCUUCAUGCACGAUGUCCCUAAUUGCAAUGUCUAUGUCAACCAUACCGACGGCUUUACGCUACAGUAUGGAGAUCCGUUGAACACGGCGCAGAACAAUACGCAAAUCAGCACUAUCCGGCAGCACUUCUUCAGGAUGCAGAACGAGAGCGUGAGCAGCUACUUACCUGCGGUGGCGUGUCCGGGAAAGUAUGAGGACUUGACGUAUAGUCCGGGUGUUAUGGACUCCGAGGGUGAUGUGUAUUGACGAGCAUCGAAGAAUUCUUACGAUUGGAUAUAUGAAUACCGAAGCUACCUGUCCAUCUCAAGGCCAGGUCGUUAAGCCUGC